CCACGAUCGGACUCGGCCUCUAUCGACUCGCUCUGGCUCCCCUAGCCAUCCUGGGUCACGGCAGAGCGCGGAGCGCGAGUAAGAUGGUCUAACCUUUGACCCCCUCCAAUCAGUUCUCCUGCCCUGGUCGAGACUCGUACUUCCCGGCAGCUACACCAUGAACACCUCUCCAGGAACAGUGGGCAGUGACCCUGUUAUCUUGGCCACUGCGGGCUAUGACCAUACUGUGCGGUUCUGGCAGGCCCACAGCGGGAUCUGUACACGCACUGUGCAGCAUCAGGAUUCUCAGGUGAAUGCGCUGGAAAUCACUCCAGACCGAAGCAUGAUUGCUGCUGCAGGUUAUCAGCACAUCCGAAUGUAUGAUCUCAACUCCAAUAAUCCCAACCCUAUCAUUAGCUAUGAUGGAGUCAAUAAGAACAUCGCAUCUGUUGGCUUCCAUGAGGAUGGCCGUUGGAUGUACACAGGCGGGGAGGACUGCACAGCCCGAAUUUGGGACCUCAGGUCCCGAAAUCUGCAGUGUCAGCGGAUCUUCCAGGUGAAUGCACCCAUUAACUGUGUGUGCUUGCACCCCAACCAGGCAGAGCUCAUCGUGGGUGACCAGAGCGGUGCUAUCCACAUCUGGGACUUGAAAACAGAUCACAAUGAGCAGCUGAUCCCAGAACCAGAGGUUUCCAUCACAUCUGCCCAUAUUGAUCCUGAUGCCAGCUACAUGGCAGCAGUCAAUAGCACCGGAAACUGCUAUGUCUGGAAUCUGACUGGGGGUAUUGGUGAUGAGGUGACCCAACUCAUUCCUAAGACCAAGAUUCCAGCCCAUACUCGCUACGCCCUGCAGUGCCGUUUCAGCCCUGACUCCACGCUCCUUGCCACCUGCUCAGCUGACCAGACAUGCAAGAUUUGGAGGACAUCCAACUUUUCCCUGAUGACAGAGCUGAGCAUCAAAAGCAGCAACCCUGGAGAGUCGUCACGUGGCUGGAUGUGGGGUUGUGCCUUCUCGGGGGACUCCCAGUAUAUUGUCACAGCUUCAUCUGACAACUUGGCCCGCCUUUGGUGUGUGGAGACUGGAGAAAUCAAGAGAGAGUAUGGUGGCCACCAGAAAGCUGUCGUUUGUUUGGCCUUCAAUGACAGCGUCCUGGGUUAGCCUGUACCUUUCAGACUGCGGACAGCUAUUGGGUAGUGGGGAUGGCCUAUGCAGUAUCUACAGCUGGAUCUUUCUGUGUAUCAACUGGUCAGAGCAAAAUCCCUGAGCUAGUCUCUGCCUACUAGGUCUACUACCUGAGCAGGCCACCCUGGACCCUCUCAACCAGCCUAGACCUGCUGUGUGCUAUAGAACUCCAUCAGUGCCCAUUUGCUUAUCAGAACCCAUCAAGCCAGGGUUCACAUGCUUGGGCUGGGAGAGCCUCUAUUCCCUCCAGAAAGACUGAACCCCUGGGCCUGGAGCCCUGGGGGAACAUGAGGCUGGUGCCUAUCUCCACAUCUUGCUUCCCCUUCCUGCCCUGAUCAGAUCCCGAGGCCCAGAGAACACCACCACAGCCAGGUGCAAGGGUUUAUUUGUCCCUGCCAGCAGUUGCCUUCCAUGGUGCUGCUGACCAGCCAACUGGUGGCCUGUGGAGACAAGUCCAGAUGGGUCAGGGAGAGGACUUAGUCUGGAAGGUAAUAAAAGCAGACGGACAUGCA